CACCUACCAACUUCGCGUACUUGCUACUUUACUCUGGACUCUCAUUCAUCAGUUGAGAGCCAUCGUACCAUAACUACACGCCAACGCUCCGACGAGCAUCACGAUUGUAGCGACACGACACCUACACAUCGCCAACGCAUUUUGGCGUCACACCGCAACCAUGCCUUCCCACCAACCCGUGGAGUACAACAACGCCUCGAAGCCCGAGUUCGAGAGCGAGCAACCAAAGGGCGCUGCCAUGUCCAAGCCAGCUCCGCAAGAGCCCGUGAGGAACAAGAGCUACGACCCAAAAAAGCCACACAUCACAGAGACGCCUCUCACGAGGUAUAACUGGUACAAACAUGUCAAUUGGCUAUCAACAACUUUCAUCAUCGGCCUGCCUCUCGCUGGCUUGGUCGCCGCAUGCUACACUCCUCUCCGACUCUCUACCGCCCUCUUCGCCAUUGCCUACUACUUCGCAACCGGCCUCGGAAUCACCGCCGGAUACCACCGAUUAUGGGCACACACCUCCUACUCCGCAUCGACACCUCUCAAGAUCUUCCUCGCCGCAGUAGGAGGAGGCGCCGUUGAGGGUUCCAUCCGAUGGUGGUCCCGAGACCACCGCGCUCACCACCGAUACACCGACACCGACAAGGACCCAUACAGUGUUCGCAAGGGUCUCCUCUACUCCCAUUUGGGAUGGAUGGUCAUGAAGCAGAACCCAAAGAGAAUCGGACGUACGGACAUCUCCGACCUCAACGACGACGUUGUCGUCGUUUGGCAACACAAGAACUACCUCAAGGUUGUGCUCUUCAUGGGCAUCAUCUUCCCUUGCCUCGUUGCCGGAAUCGGCUGGGGUGACUGGGUCGGCGGUAUCGUCUACGGCGGUAUUCUCCGCAUCUUCUUCGUCCAGCAAGCCACCUUCUGCGUCAAUUCUCUGGCCCACUGGCUCGGCGACCAGCCCUUCGACGACCGCAACUCUCCCCGCGACCACGUCUUCACCGCGCUCGUCACUCUCGGCGAGGGAUACCACAACUUCCACCACGAGUUCCCCUCCGACUACCGUAACGCCAUCGAGUGGCACCAGUACGACCCCACCAAGUGGUUCAUCUGGACAAUGAAGCAGGUCGGCCUCGCCUACGACCUCAAGCAGUUCCGCUCCAACGAGAUCGAGAAGGGCCGCAUUCAGCAGCAACAGAAGAAGAUCGACCAGAAGCGCGCCAAGCUCGACUGGGGCGUGCCUCUUGAGCAGCUUCCCGUCAUGGAGUGGGACGACUACGUUGACCAGACCAAGAACGGUCGCGCCCUCGUCGCCGUCGCCGGUGUCGUCCACGAUGUCACCGAUUUCAUCGCCGACCACCCUGGUGGCAAGGCCAUGAUCAAGUCCGGUCUUGGCAAAGAUGCUACCGCCAUGUUCAACGGCGGUGUCUAUUAUCACUCCAACGCUGCCCACAACCUUCUCUCCACCAUGCGCGUCGGCGUGAUCCGCGGCGGCAUGGAGGUCGAGAUCUGGAAGCGCUCGCAAAAGGACGGUCAAGGCUCGCAGAUCUACAAGGAUGCUGACGGCAACCGCAUCGUCCGCGCUGGCGCUCAGAUCACCAAGAUCAUGGAGCCGGUUGCUAGUGCUGGUGCUGCAUAGAUUUUGGAGGACAUGAUAGAUUAUGACGAGUGGCUUUGGUUGUAUGCGUUUUAGCGAUUGGGAGAGGAUGAUAGAUUCGGCGGAAGAGUGGAGUUUCACAUUCGCUCGGAUAAUGAGGUGUUUGACCGAGGCACAGACUGCUAGGUAGACACCUGAAUGUACGACCUGAGUACAACGUC